CACACCCCAACAACUAUUACAAUUUACAACCACAACAAUACAUCACCCAUUUACCAACGCCUCCUUCAAUUCCUUCACACAUAUUUCUCUCUCUUUCUUAAUUCAUCUAUUCUUAUUAAUUUUCUGCGAUUAACGAUUAAUUAUUGUUUACUACUAUAACUGUUUGAAUUUAAAAUGAAAUACCAGUAUAUAUAUAUACAUAUAUAUGUAUUUUCUGACAAGGUAUUUAAAUAAUGUUGGCAUUAGGAAAGCAAUAAUAAUAAUAACUUGUGUGAAGAAAAGCCAACUGGACGGGAAGAAGGGAAGCAAAGGAAAAAAGAGAAAGGAAUGGAAAGGGCAGAAUAAGGCAAAGUUGGUGUAAAGAAAGGAUGAUGAUCGUGGUGCUGGUGGCUUCUUUCUCAACGGACACGAUUUCUUCCAUUUCCAUUUUCUUCUGAUUCCUUCUCUUUCUGCCCAUCUCAUCUCAUCUCAUUUUGUUUUGGUCCACCCUCAUCAUAUUGAAGACUCCGCCAUAUAGGGGGCAUCUUUGUUUCUCUUUCAUUCUUCUUGUGUGUUUGUGAUUAUUGCCCUGUCCUCUGCAUUCCUUUAAUUCCCCCAUUCAUUUCCUACCUAUCUCUCACAAACCAAACUCAUCAUGGCCGUUCAAGCUCAAUACCCUUCCAAUGUACUACUCUUCCUAAACAGCAAAACCGGGCAAGAAGCACAUGAUUAUUCAUUGCAAUCUCCGCCAGGACAACAACUCCUUGAUCAAUCCCAUAUGCUAUUCAACAACGGAGGUACUAAUUCUCGAAAGAGAGGAAGAGAAACAACUGCAGCUACCGGGAUUGCGCCAAACUUUAUCAAUUCAUUCUCUUUGCAAUCCCAAUCUCCACAGGCACAGCUCAUAGACCUCACUCAACUUCAUAAUCAAAAUGUAGUCUCCACCGGGUUACGCUUAUCCUUUGGUGACCAACAACAACAAAGACAACAAUUACAACAUCAACAUCAACAUCAUGGGUGUCACUCCUCUCCUUUCGUAUCUCUACUAUCCGAAGGCUUGUCUUCUCAAAUCAAACAACAGCGUGACGAAAUAGACCAAUUCCUUCAAGCCCAGGAGGAGCAAUUGCGGCGGGCAUUAGCGGAGAAGAGACAGAGACAUUAUCGGACGCUGCUAAGGGCAGCGGAGGAAUCGGUGUUGCGGAGGCUGAGGGAGAAGGAAGCGGAGUUGGAGAAAGCCACGCGCCAUAACGCGGAGUUGGAGGCACGCGCGACGCAGCUUAGCGUUGAGGCGCAGCUUUGGCAGGCGAGGGCGAAGGCGCAGGAAGCAACGGCGGCGGCGUUGCAGGCGCAGCUGCAGCAGGCUAUGAUGAGCGGCGACGGUGAGAACGGUGGCGGGGGAGGGCUAUCGUGCGCCGGGGGCGGAGCGGAGGAUGCUGAGUCAGCGUACGUUGACCCGGAUCGAGUGGGUCCCACUCCGAAAUGCAGAGGGUGCGCGAAACGGGUGGCUUCGGUGGUGGUGUUGCCGUGUCGCCACCUAUGCAUCUGCGCCGAAUGCGACACGCAUUUUCGGGCGUGCCCCGUUUGCCUCACCGUUAAAAAUUCAACCGUUGAAGUCUAUCUAUCUUAAAAGUUUAAAUAGAUUAAAAUGAAAAAAAAAAAAGAAAAAGAUUACUUUCUCUCUCUGGUCUCUAUCUUUUUAAUGAAUGGAAAUUGAAGGAGGACCUUUUUUUAGUCGUUGUACAUGAUGAUGGUGAGAAAACUGAGAAGGUUGGGUAGUUUGGCCGUGAGACCCGAUGUUUUUUCUUUUUUUCUUUUUUAGUUUUCAAUCCUCCUUACAUUUUAUAUUUCUUAGUGAUGUACAUGGAUGGCCAAAUGGGUAGUGGAGUGGCCUUUAAUUUUUUUUUAGCUGUUGGGAUAUUUCUCUCCUUUAGAAACUGAUAUUUAUUAUAUUCUUUCUUGGAUAAAUACUUGACUGAGAAUCUGAGAUGCCUUUCCAAAUUCAGGGUGUCAUCAGUGUGUUGUUGUCUCCA